UUUUAACAUCUUUUCGUUUAAGAUCUAGUAGUGUUUCGUUGAAAGUCAUAGAAUUAGAAGAUUUUUCAGAAUUAGAAAAACAAAACCUUAUUGGAGGCAAAGCUGGGAUUAUUACGACUCUUAACGCUCGUACAUCUGUCCUUGCAUCUGCUAACCCGGUUGAAUCGAAAUAUAAUCCAAAACUUUCCAUAGUCAAGAACAUUGAUUUACCACCAACUUUAAUGUCUAGAUUUGAUCUGAUUUACCUAGUAUUGGAUAAAGUAGAUUGGAAUGCAGAUAGAAAAUUAGCAAAACAUUUAGUUGCUUUGUACAGAGAUGAUAAUCCCUAUGUUUCCAGAAGAGAUAUUUUGCCUAUCAAGACUUUAACAAAAUAUAUUAAAUACGCUCGCAAAAAUUAUCAUCCGUUUAUUGGAGAUGAUCAAUCAGCCAACGCUUUGGUCAGUGCUUAUGUAGAUUUGCGUAAAGUCGGGAUUGACCCUCGUUCUUCUGAAAACAUAAUUACUGCAACGACUAGGCAACUGGAAUCAAUGAUUAGACUGCUUUCACAAAAAGUUAACAUAUUGGAUGUUAAAGAAGCUGAACGACUGCUUAGAGAAGCAAUACAGCUUUCUGCAUGGGAUCCUGAAACCGGUAGAAUUGAUAUGGAUUUAAUUACUACAGGGCAUGGUAGCCAUGAAAGACGUGUACUUGAAGCUAUGCGCGACGCCUUUGCAAAGAUGUUGUUGGAAAUGAGUUCAAAAAGCAUAUCGCUUAAAAAAGCUUUAGAAGAUUUUAAAGCACAAUCAGAUGAGCCAAUUUAUGAUAAACAAUUUGAAAGUAUUCUCCGAACUCUAGAACAUGAUGGAGUCAUUAAAGUUACUGGAACUAGUCGAAGUGACCGUACGAUAACAAUUAUCUGA